AAGAACCUGGCAACCCUAUCCCUUCUGUCUCACAUUCUGUCAUUGGGCAGGACAGCAACAUUAUUUCAUAUUAGAAACAUUUUUCUCACCACGAAAGCUGUGCGUUUGCAGCAGAAGCAUGGGUUCGGGAGAGAGUACAACAAGAAAAGUGUCCUUCGGUGUCGACGAUGAGGACAGGGUCAGAAUUCUCCGUGGAGUCAAGCUGUCAGAAGAUGUUCUGCAAAGAAUGAGAGGAGUUGCCAACAUUGCCCCAGACCGCACGUCAUCACCUGCCUCAAGCCCUCAGACAAACACAGCCUCCUCUCACAGUGCCAGCUCAGGCUCUCAAUCUCAGCAAGGCCCACAGCAGCGCGCACAACCCAGUUCGCACUCCAGCAAAUCUGCCUCCUUCAGCAAGGAAGAUCAGAGGAGGUAUGAACACCAACAGAAGUUACUGAAGGAAGAGUGGGCCAAGAUGGCACAGCGAGAAAUGGAGGCGGCAAAGGAAGAGAUGGCCAAAGCCACGAGCCGGGAAAGACAACAAACACGGCUGGAAGCUGAGAGGACCAAACAGUUGUCUGCAGAUGAGAUAGAAUCAAUGGUUCAGCAGCUACAGAAGAAAGACUCACAGCUGAAAGCACUGGAUGCCUUCUACAAGGAGCAACUGGCACAACUGGAGAAGAGGAAUUUGGAAAGGUAUCAACAAAGCAAAGAACAGUUCCACCAAGCUGCCUCCAAGACAGAAGAAAAUGUCAGGCCUCGCAACACAGAGGCAGUGUGUGCUGGCCUGCAGGCUCAGAUUUUAUCCUGUUACAGGGACAACAAAGACCAGACCUUAAAGUGUUCUGACCUGGCCAAAGAAUACAUGCAGUGUAUCAAUGCUGCAAAAAAGAACCUGCUGGUCAACCACGGAUGAAGAGUGGGAGGAAAAGGGUAAAACCGUUACAUGACGACAAGCUUUUACUUAAGCACUAAUGGCAGCACUGUGGUCGCAUUCUUGUUUUGCUUUAUGAAAGAGAUGGUUUGCUUUUAGCAUGCCUUUUUUUUUGUGCUAUUUUUUUUCUUAUUGUGCUAUUUAUCUGCGGUGUGAUCCGUUACACUAUUAUUCUGCACUGCUACAUACUACAGAGAAGUAAACAAGAACUGAGUGUGUAUAUUAGGCUCACGGGUUGAGGCGGUGCACUUUCAAUUCAGUCAUUUAUGAGCGCUGUGAUAAAGUAUCUGCACUCUUCAUGAUUCCCCUUUUUUGGUGCGUUUCUCACAUUUACAUGUUUCAGAUCAUCAGGCUUAGAUGACUUUUUACUCUUAAUAAAUGACAUCAUUUAAACUCUCUGACUAAUAUCAAAAUUUGCCUGAUGAUGUGAAGCAUGUAACUGUGCUACAAAAUAAGAAAUCAAGAAGGGGGCAGAUCAUUUUUGACAGCACUUGAAUGAGAGUGGAAAAUGUUUCUUAAAAUCUGACUUGUAAAGAUGCAUUCAGGGGCACUCCUCCAUCAGCUGAAUGUGGAGAUCAGGUUACGUCCAAACCUGUGCUAAAUUUUGAAGGGUUAAAAAGACUGGAAGUCAUUUAAGAAGUGAGCUGAAUCAGGUGCACAGGGACCGUCCUUGUUUUGAUCUCAGAUUGAAAGAAGAACUGAUUCACUUGUUUUUCUUUUGAGCUUUAUAGAUUUGUAUUUUUUUAAUGACACAGGAAUAUGCUCAGGUAAUCCUGGCCAUGAUUUUAAUUCAUCAGACCUGUGAUGUAUUAUAUGAGUUUAUUAAACCAUUCAUAUCCUC